UUCCGCACUAUCAGAAUUUUUCUCUCAGUGUCUCCAGCUCUUUCUUCUUAAAUAAACUCAGAAUUAUUUCUUUCCGGAAGAGUAUCAAUCAUUUUCAGAACUAGUUUAAAUUUGUUCUAUUUAUACGCCCUUAACUACAAUAAAAUUUAAUUUUAUUUUAAAGUUUUCGAAAUGAUUUUAACCUCUGACGAUCCAAAUGCUCAAUUAAAUAUUAUUCGAAGUGAGGAAGAAUUAAAUAGAAGAAUGUCUUCUGGCUGUAAUGACCGUGGAAUGAUUGCUUGGGAAAUGCAAAUUUGGACACCAGAUUCUCCUCAUGGCCGUUCAAUUGUUUUAAUUUCAAAUGAUAUUACUUUUCAAAUGGGGUCGUUUUCUAUGAGAGAACAUCGUUUAUAUCAAAAAGUGAAUUUUUUAAAUUUAUUCUAA